CCAAACUCUCGUAGUUUACACAUUUUCCGACUUCCACACACCCAGUCCACACCCAGUGCACUUAGACCUGAACACAGGCACCCCAAGCCAACACACCCCACAGCACCGCAGCACGCCACUACAAUACACUACUACACGCAACAGCAACAAUGAAAGGCUUGUUAUACUACGGCAAGGAGCAGCUCAGAUACUCGGAGGAGAUCGAGGAGCCCCAGCUGAAGAAUCCCAACGACGUGAAGGUCAAAAUCGCCUACUGCGGGAUCUGCGGUACAGACUUACACGAGUACUUGGACGGCCCCAUCUUCUUCCCUGCGCCUAACUGCAAGAGCGAGAUCUCGGGCAAAGAGCUGCCUCUGUGUCCCGGCCACGAGUUCUCCGGCGUGGUCGACUCGGUGGGCUCCGGCGUGACCAGAGUCAAGCCGGGCGACCGUGUUGUUGUCGAGGCCACCUCCCACUGCUCCGACAGAGAGAGAUACAAGGAGGACUUGGUCAACAAGGACAUGUCGUUCUGCGCAGCGUGCAAGGUCGAGAAGCCAAACUGCUGCAAGCGUUUGAGCUUUGUCGGCUUGGGCACCGACCACGGUGCCUUCGGCCAGUACGUCGUCUACGGCGAGGACCACAUGUUGAAGAUCCCAGACAACCUACCGCUCGACCUGGCCGCCCUCGUCGAGCCUUUGGCGGUCGCCUGGCACGCAGUCAACUGCGCCAACUUCAGCCCGGGCCAGACCGCUGUCGUCUUGGGCGGUGGCCCCAUCGGACUCUGCACCAUCUUGGCCUUGAAAGGCCACCAGGCCGGCAGAAUCGUCUGCUCCGAGCCAGCAGCUAUUAGAAGAGAGCUUGCUGAAAAGUUGGGUGCCGAGACCUUCAACCCAAUGGACUACGACGACCCGAUCCUCAACUUGAAGAACAUGUUGCCGGAAACGGAAGGGUUCACAGCCUCGUUCGACUGCUCCGGGAUCCAGAAGACCUUCGACACCUCCAUCGACGUGUUGGGUCCAGGCGGCACCGCCGUCAACGUCGCCAUCUGGCCAAACGUGCCAAUCCAGUUUGUCCCAAUGUGCUUGACCUACCAGGAAAAACGCUCCACCGGCUCGAUGUGUUACGUCACCAAAGACUUCCAAGAGGUGAUCGAUGCCAUUGGAAAGGGCUUGAUCGAUCAAGAGUCGAUGAAGUUGUUGAUCACAGGUAAGGUCGAGGCAAAGGACGCCAUUGAAGGUGGGUUCAUGCAAUUGAUCAACCACAAGGAAACCAACGUCAAGAUCAUGAUUGCUCCAAAUGGCCUAGACAUGUAGUUAAAAGAAAACAGCCAUUUGUCAUACAAUCGAUUGUUCACUCUCCCAGCUAUUCCGCCCUUUUUCCCACUUUCCUAUACAUU